AUAAAAAUGACAUUAUGCCAAAUGUGACCCUUAACCCAGUUGCGUGUGUCCCACAGCUCCCGGUGUGCUGUGAAAUAUCGCGAGAAAUCGCAAAUCUCACUACGUAAUGUGCCGUGCUGCUUAUGGCGGCGCUGGUGACAGUGCUGAAAGCUGUUGGGUAUGAAGUGAAACAGAUUUGAUUUUUGUACCAUCUGAAACCUACUUCAAGUUCAGAUCAUCAAUCGGUCAGAAGAAACAUCAACAAAAUUAACGAACAUCCCCAAAUUGACCCAGCGGUACAACAACUCUGAAGACGAGACGAAGACCUGCACUGCUACAAAGAGAAAAUUAAAGCAACCCGAAACAACCAAACGACCAAACCAAAGAUUUAAGAAACAGAACCAGGCCGCAACUAGCGAAGCAACCCACCAUCAUCGUUAACGGCGAAGGCGAGACCUGAUCUGAAACAAGAAGUUUGUGCCUACUCAACAGCUUUGAUAAAGCACACGUCCCAACGCUGCACCAAGCCCUUCUCAUCCUCCCCGCACCUCUUCCUCCUCCGGGGUGCGGAGAGGGCUGCUGUCUGCUAGUCUUUUUUCAUUUUUGACCUUUUCUUUCUGUCAGUUUCAGACAGAGUCCCUCCCUCGAAUUUUCUCCCUGCAUUUGUGUUCGUUCACUUUUCCAAGAGCAGCGUUUAUACACCUGCACUUGCCUUUUAUUCGAAUAUUUUUUUGUUUUGACUUUUUGUCCUUUUUUGCAACUUUUGUAAUUAAACGUGUGCCUGGAAGCUAAAGCUUACAGGGGUGUGUGUGCGUGCGCGUGUGAACGGAGUCUGAAGCAUCGUUUCAGUGUUUUGAUCAAAGUGAUUUCAUCAAAUUCGGUCCAAAUCAUUACAGCCUUCCAAGACAACAGAACAAGAAAUCCAGAGGUGUUUUGUUUGGUACGUAACGAAAAGGAGAAGGGAAAGUGAAGGGACGAGCUGCCACACAUCAACUGAAAUUUUAAAAGCUUGCGCAAUCCGAUCAAUCUCAAGUGUAGUAGAUUUGGCCACUGUUUAUGGGAGAAUUAUGGGUAGUCCCUGGAAAGGUUUUGUCGAGUUUACCUUGCCGGCGUCGCCACCUGCAGCGUUCGUUAGUGCUGACCUGAACAGCACGUCACCCGUCGGGCUCAGCCUGUCACCCUACGGCCGAUCCUGCCCCACUUCCUCCUACCCUCAUCUGAAGAUGGAGCUCCCGGAGGUCCUUGAUACCCCAGUUGCUGCCCCCACCCCUUCCACCUCAAGCCAGCCAAUCCCUCGCUCUGCCUCAGUUUCAUGUCAUACUUCCCGUGCAGCAGGGGGCAAAAAGCAAAAACGAACACCCCUGUACCAGCGAUCUAUGAGUUUUGAUCCUAGUCUGCUGCAUAGUAACGGUCAUAGUGGUUUUGCAAACGGGACCGGCAUGGGCAUCCGGGAGACAGGCGUGGUAGAGAAACUGUUGGCAUCGUACGGAUUCAUUCAAUGCUCUGAGAGACAAGCCCGCCUCUUCUUUCACUGCUCGCAGUACAACGGCAACCUGCAAGAGCUUAAAGUUGGAGAUGAUGUGGAGUUUGAGGUGUCGUCUGAUAGACGCACCGGCAAGCCAAUCGCGGUGAAGCUGGUAAAAAUCAAGGCAGAAAUGUUGCCAGAAGAGCGAAUCUCUGGGCAGGUGGGCCCUGACUUGCACGCCUCUCCCUUAACUGUGCUGCAUGGUUUUAUUCAUCCAGUAGUGUCAGCUAUCCCUUCUCACCUGGAUGGGAAGUCAGCACCUGGCCAGGUGCCCACAGGCAGUGUGUGUUACGAGAGGAAUGGGGAAGUGUUUUAUUUGACCUACACCCCUGAGGAUGUGGAAGGAAAUGUUACAUUAGAUACUGGAGAUAAAGUCAGCUUUUACAUGGAAACCAACAAGCAUACUGGUGCUGUUAGUGCCCACAACAUUGUGUUGAAGAAUAAACAGUCAAGAUGCCAGGGAGUGGUUUGUGCUACCAAGGAGGCCUUUGGAUUCAUUGAACGUGGGGAUGUGGUGAAGGAGAUUUUCUUUCACUACAGUGAGUUUAAAGGAGAUCUGGAGGCCCUACAGGCUGGAGAUGAUGUGGAAUUCACCAUCAAAGAAAGAAAUGGAAAGGAAGUGGCUACGGAUGUAAGACUGUUGCCUCAGGGAACUGUCAUAUUUGAGGACAUCAGUAUUGAAACUUUUGAAGGGACUGUCGCCAAGAUAAUUCCCAAAGCCCCCUCCAAGAAUCAGAACGACCCUUUGCCUGGGCGAAUCAGUGCCCGAAUUAAUUUCACUGACAAAGAGCUGCUAUUUGGGGAAAAGGACACCAAGUCCAAAGUUACGCUGCUGGAGGGAGACCACGUCCAGUUUAAUAUUUCCACCGACCGCCGAGACAAACUGGAGAGGGCGACAAAUAUCGAUAUCCUCCCCGACACCUUCCAUUUCACCAAGGAGACUCGUGAAAUGGGAGUGAUCGCUGCCAUGCGUGAAGGUUUUGGCUUCAUCAAGUGCGUGGACCGUGAUGCUCGAAUGUUCUUCCAUUUCAGUGAGGUGCUGGAGGAGAGUCAGCUGCACAUUUCUGAUGAAGUGGAAUUCACCGUUGUCCCUGAUAUGCUGUCUGCGCAGAGGAACCAUGCCGUGAGGAUCAAAAAGCUACCCAAGGGCACGGUGUCAUUCCACACUCAAUCUGAGCUACGUUUUGUGGGGCUUUUAGAGAAAGAAGCUGUGCCUGCCAUCACCAGUACCACCAAGAACUCCAGCCCCAGCAAGGGCAAAGAGAAGAAAAAAGACAAGGCUAAAGUUGAAAAGGAUGCAGAGGAAGGCUUGAUUACAUAUGAAGAUGAAGGAGAAAAGCAAUCUAUUCCCUACCAUGUUAAAGACUUGGAUGGAGGCAUUUACCCACAGCUUGGAGAUAAGGUGGAGUUCUCCAUCAGUGAAGUGAAACGCACUGGACAGCAAAGUGCAGUAUCCAUCAAGGUCCUUAAUCGUUCUGUUGGCACCAAGAGGCUUCUGGGAUAUAUAGCCACACUGAAGGAUAACUUUGGUUUUAUAGAGACUGCCAAUCAUGAUCAGGAGAUCUUCUUUCACUACAGUGAGGUUUGUGGGGAUGUGGAUAACCUGGACCUGGGCGAUACAGUGGAAUACACACUGUCCAAAGGCAAAGGAAACAAAAUAAGUGCAGAGAAAGUCACCAAAGUUGCUGCUGUGAAUGGAGUGGGAGAGGAUGUCAGUAAUAUAGUGUUCCUUGGAAAGGUGGUUCGGCCCCUGCGCAGUGUGGAUCCUUCUCAGACUGACUAUCAAGGCCUCAUUGAGGUCACAGAGGACGGCUCCAGUAAGGGUCAGAGUUAUCCCUUUGGCAUCGUUGGUAUGGCCAAUAAAGGUGACUGUCUCCAGAAGGGUGAAAUGGUGAAGUUUCAGUUGAAUACAGUGGCCCAGACAGGACAAACGAUGGCCUGUAACAUCAUGCCUCAGCGCAGAGCUCUGGUUGAGUGCGUCAAAGACCAGUUUGGAUUCAUCACAUAUGAGGUUGGAGAAAGCAAGAAGCUGUUUUUCCAUGUAAAGGAGGUGCAGGAUGGGCUGGAACUGCAGGCCGGAGACGAAGUGGAAUUUGCUGUCAUCUUUAACCAACGCACAGGCAAAUGUAGUGCCUGCAAUGUCCGCAGAGUCAGUGAGGGCCCUAAACUAGUAGCAACACCUCGACCUGACCGACUUGUCAAUCGCUUGAAGAGCAUCACUCUGGAUGAUACCAACGCCCCUCGUCUGGUCAUUAUCAGGCAACCACGUGGCCCAGACAAUUCAAAGGGCUUCAAUGUAGAGAGAAAACCACGCCAACCUGGUGUUAUUGACUGAGUACUGUUCACCCCUCUCCUCCUGAGUGUGGAGAAACACCUCGAGAAGAAAAGCAAUCAUAGAAGGACAGAGAAAAGGAUUUGUGUGUGUGUGUCUCUCUCGCGCUCAAUUUCUCUCUUUCUCUCACCCACAUACACAAUUCACAGGUUAACAAAUACAUCAAGACUUGAAAAUUAGCGUGCACGCACCCGAGUCCCUUUCUCUGUCCUUGCCCAUGCUAAAGAAAAUUCUCAUCUCAUUUGUCUUCAUGGUAUGUGUGCUGUUCUUGUGAGGUUGUAAUUUUGAGGAAACCCCCACAUGAUGAGUGUGUUUGUUUAAUGCAUCACAUGUUUGUUUGAAAAUUUGUAAGGGUGUGAUUGUUAUGCAGAGGAUGAGAGAGGAAAAGGGUUCGUAGUUCUCGCGCACAUUAAGUAAGAGGUGCGAGGCCUAUUUCACCCCUUUUCAUUUCUGCUUAAAUUGAAAUGCUGGGAAUUCUGCACCUGCUGCCAUGUGAGUGAGUUGUUGUUUUAAAACAGCUUUGCUUGUCUGUGUUUUUGACUUCUGUAUUUUACUCUUCCUGUAUCACUUGAAUCAUCUACCUUAUUUUGAGUUCCUCACCCAAAUAUUUCUAGACUCUUGUGAGUGAAAACAACCUAGAACCUAGUUUAUUUCUCACUCACUUGUUUCAUACCCAAUUCCAUUUCUAGAGUAGGUUUUAAUAACAUGGAUCUGAAAAAUAAAAUAAACAGUUUGGGUUCAAAACUUGUGUAUGUUUUUUCUUUUGAUUGUGAAAAAAAUCUGUUUUUUAGGAGCAGUUUUAACUUUUGAUUUCACACGUAUUUUAGGCAAGUGCAGAAUUCCUAAUGGCAUCCUGUAGCCUGCAGUCCUUUAUAUAUAGAUUUUUUUUACUCUUUGCUCAAGUUUUUCUUUCCUCUCUAUUUUGAGUUUUGUUUAAACUCAAUGUCUGCUAAUGAGUAAAUUAAAGAAAAGGUGCCUAAAUCACGCAAACCGAAAAAAUGUAAAACCUCUAUCUCUAAAUGGCCACCAAAGUAUAAAAGCAAUUAUGGUGGUUCCCUAAACAGAAAAUACCGGUGUGCAUCCCCAUACCUGGGUUGAAAUACACCCUUUUCAUGUGUGCUUUUACUUGGGUGGAUUUUUUUGAAAACCUGAAUACAUGCAAAUAUGUAACUUGACAAGUGGGGGUAACAACUAGGAAUGUUAAAAAAAGAGCUGGAAUUCAAUUAAGUGGAUAGACUUUUGCCGUGCUUCUUAUGACACAUGGAGCUGUUGCUAUCAUUAUUUUUGGGAGCACUCUGGGUUUGUGUUGAACCUCAUGGUUCUCCUAUAUACUUUUGUUAAAGGUCUUGAAUGAAACAAUUGAAAUAAACAUUUUAUGAGAAUCA